AUGGCCACGGGCGCCGUCAAGGACUUUUCCUGCGUCGGCGGACUCGAGAAGCACAUACGCAUCGUCAAGGAAAUGGUCCUGUUUCCCCUCAUGUACGGCGACGUCUACGCCAAGUUCAAUCUACGCCCGCCCCGGGGCCUACUGUUUUACGGCCCACCAGGUACCGGCAAAACCCUGGUCGCCAGCGCCCUGGCCGUCGAGUGCAGCAACUCGGAGCGCAAGGUCUCGUUCAUAUCGCGCAAGGGGUCCGACUGCCUGAGCAAGUGGGUCGGGGAGAGCGAAAAGAAGCUCCAGAAGAUCUUCCAGACCGCGCACCAGAGCCGGCCGUGCAUCAUCUUCUUCGACGAGGUGGACGGGCUGGCCCCCGUGAGGUCGAGCCGGCAGGACUUUGUGCACGCGAGCGUCGUCUCGACCCUGCUCGCACUGAUGGACGGGCUGGACAACAACUCGGAGAUCAUCGUCAUCGGGGCCACGAAUCGGCCCGACGCCAUAGAUCCCGCUCUCAGGAGGCCCGGGCGCUUCGACCGGGAGCUGUACUUUCCUCUGCCCUGCUACACCGCCCGCAAGGAGAUCAUAGCGAUUCACGUGAAAAGCUGGAAGCAAAAGCCGCCCCAGAAAUUCAUCGCGUAUUUGGCUUCGAAAACUAUUGGAUUCUGCGGUAGUGAUCUUCAAGCGCUCUGCACCGAGGCAGUCAUGUGCUGCGUUAGGAGAAAUUAUCCUCAAAUAUACACCACGAAAUCAAAGUACCACAUUAAUGAAAAAUCGUUGAAGGUUGAAAAGUUCGAUUUCAUCAAGGCCCAACAGAACAUAGUACCGGCUUCACAUCGCAUAUGCGUUGCACCGGUGAAAACACUUUCGCCAGAAAUCCGACCGUUGCUCGAAAACAAAUUAAGUAGCAUCAUGGAAAAUUUACAAAUCAUUUGUCCGACUGAAAUCAUCACGUCCGACGACUCGAGCAGCAAAUCGACAUACAACUCGACAAAUUGUCCGAGGCUCUUGCUAUGCGGACUCGAUGACUGCCACACUCGGCAUCUGGGUCCAGCAGUUCUUCACACCUUGGAGCACCUACCCUGUCACGUCUUGGACGUAACCACCCUCUUUGAAGAAACCGGCAGAGCAGUGGAAGAAUCGAUUAUUCAAAAAGUAAAAACUGCACGUCACACGUUACCGUCUCUGCUCUACGUGCCGGAUAUUCUGUCUUGGUGGGACUUGGUGGACGAGGCGGCGCGCGUAGUAUUCGUAUCGCUGCUUCGGAACCUGGACCGUUCUGUUCACGUGUUUGUAUUGACCACAGCCAGAUGCGCUCAAAACGAGCUGCCCAUCGAGAUCUCAGAAUUAUUCAGUGUUCAUCAGAGGGAAGUUAUCGAAAUCGAGCACCCUAACGUGGCAGAGAGGCGGAAUUAUUUCAAUGAUUUGUUACUCAAAAUAAAUUCUGACUCGGACGAUAGCUCGAACAAAUCAAUGACCGACGAAGUUCCAGAAUCUCUACCUGCAAGAAGAUGUAGGAUCGACAGUAAAAUGCGUUCGAAGCUUGGAACUGUUAUUCCUGAAAGACUGACAAGAUCCAGAUCAGCGACAGCAGCGGCCGCGGCCUCGGUUCUGGCGACGAGCAGCAACAAACGCGAACGCGGCGGAUCGUGUGGAAGGGCUCCCACCGCGAAGCGCCAACGAUUCAAUAUUCCGAGCGAAAAUGGGUCGAAAGCGCCCAACAGUGCCGAAAAACUGAAUGAAACCCAGACGCAGGAAUUGCUGCUCCGGUUGGUCCAGUUGACGAACGGCUGGCCUUGCUACAGACUCGAGAUCCUGCGAUCGUCUUUGGAACUGAUUCUUCACAGUCAGGACACCGAACUGUACGACCCGAUCAGAGACUGUUUGACCUGCUUCGAGAACGAACUCGACUCUUACAACCUGUGUACCGGCAAAACCCUGGUCGCCAGCGCCCUGGCCGUCGAGUGCAGCAACUCGGAGCGCAAGGUCUCGUUCAUAUCGCGCAAGGGGUCCGACUGCCUGAGCAAGUGGGUCGGGGAGAGCGAAAAGAAGCUCCAGAAGAUCUUCCAGACCAGCAAAAAUAUUUUGUUAGAGUUCAUUCUCUUUGUUUUGGUGUCAAUAAGUGGUGUCAUAGUUUGUCCUGUGACACCCACACUUUUGCUCUAA